AGUGGUGUAUGACGGCUGCCCUCGCAGUGCCGCCUUCGGCAUUUGGUGGCCCCGUACGGCGUUCGACUCGGAAGCAACCGAGGAGUGUCCUAAAGGUGCCCACGGUAAGGCAUCCAGACGGUGCGAUGACAAACUGGGCGGUUGGCAACAGCCGGAUCUUUUCAAUUGUACUUCGGAGAAGUUCAUGGAGCUGAGAGAGCAACUCGGCAACAUCAAACGCGGUCAGCUGCAGGUGACCACUUUUGUGGCGGUCAAGUUGGCGUCGGAUUUGAAGAAGGCGGCGACCGAUCCUAAGCUCGCCGGUCGUCUAUAUGGCGCCGAUGUACUUGUCACGUUCGAGUUGCUGAGGAAUCUUGUGGACUAUGAACGAUCUCGACGCGGCCUUGAUCUAUCUCAUAGCCAAGAUAAAGACUACGUAGGUGACGCGGUGCAGUCUACUUCUGUGGUGUUGCACGAAAUGUACGCUGGGCAUUGGAUCCGGGUCAGAGAACUAACAGGUGAAGGGCCUGAAGAUUUAGUGGCAGAUAUAUAUCGCUAUCUGCAGGUAUUGGCUGAAAGUCAAAGGGAUACUUACACCACUCCCUUUGAGAUCGUAGCGCCAGAUAUGGUGCUGGGUCUGGACAUAGUGACCCCUGAAUCAGUAUACGGUUGGGAGCCAGCGCAUCUACCGCCAUUGUACCCCGGCCAUAGUUAUUCUACUGAGAGCGUGAUCCUACCAGAUACUUCUCUCUUCUUGGAACAUAACUCAAACGAAAGCCCCACCAUUUCGCAGCAUUCAUCUGAGAAUCCUUCCAUCGUAUUUCCGAAGUAUAACAACUAUCUGUUAAACGCCAGCAAGGAUAAAAGGGCUGGAUAUAGGAGAAGUGUCGACAAUACGGAACUCGUUUCCUGAAGAGGGCGCUGUAUUCAGCUAUGCCGAAUAUCGUCGGGCGGGAGCACUAUUUCCUGCUUCAUAUGAUGACUCUGUAGCCAGAAGAUGGGGUGUCGAUGUUACUGUUGCUUCCCCAUUGCUUUCAGUCACCAUUCUUGUGCCCAG